AUGAAAUCUGAGUCUGUGGUGGCAGACCCUUUCCAGGCCCCUACAAUCAAGCAACCUCACCAAUCACUUGCUGCUUCAUGCCCGGUUGCAUCUGACUCUGCUGGUUCACCUUCUAAACAGCGAGCUGGAGCUCCUACUGUUCCCGCGCCAGGUUCCACUCUAGCUCCCUUCGGCCUCGAAGAUCAUCAGGUUCUAUCUUUUGUAGAUUCUGGUCUGGAAAGUACCCUUGCCCUGCCUGAUGCUGUAGCAGCUUAUACGGAUGCGUUCCUCUUAGGCUGUCUACCUUUGAUUCAAGAGUCUCACCUUGGCGAUCUACUGAGAAGGUCGUAUCCAUGGUCUCGACUCGCUCAUACCCGGCCCACCUCUCUGAGGGGGACUUCCUUGCUAUGCCACCAUCCUAUUAGCUUAGCUGAGCCCUCCCUUCUCGUAUUAGCCACCGACCCCGAAAGGCCCAAAGAAGGGGAGCAAGUUUUGGUCAAUCUCUCGGGCAAGGAAGAGAUGCGCCGGGUCUUUCUCUUUGAAUGGCGGGAUGCUAACUCGAUUCGCCCUUGCCUCUACGGGAUCAACUACUACUUAUAUAAAGAAAAAGCACCAAAGAUCGAUUCCCUAAGAGCUUCUUCUCUAGCAGGCGAUUUGGCCAAUUUUUUCUUUCCUGGGCAGGAUAGCUGCCAUCAAGCAGCCCCUUUAGAGCGAGGGCCUUCUGAGACCCAUGCUAUCAAGAAGAAGAGCCUUGAGCUAAAUCAUUGA